GCCUCCAGUACAGACCAUCCAGCGGGCUGCCACUGAACACUGCGUUACACCCAGAAGUGCAGGUUGCUCUCCUGUUUCUUCAGUUUUUGGGAUUUAUCCAUUCUGUGUUUCAUGAGUAGCUUUGAGGACAUCCCCUUUAAGAUCCCCAUGGGUGCCCUAGAUGAGCCACUGGAAGAGACUCGAGAGGUAACAGCUCCGGACAUCAACGUUCCAGAUUGCCUUCAAAUACUUCAAGAUACAAAGUAUGACUUUAGUGUGGAAAACUGGGUUCUAAGUAGUCUUCAAGGUUCCUGUGGUUCUUGGUCAAGCACGCAUCCCUCCUGCCCCCCUCACUGGAUGAUGUUAAGCAGCCCUCAGGAAGGUCGCAUGUCCCGACGAAGAAGCAGUGAAAGCUGGGAGUCCAAGCUGCCGCCCGCGUAGCCACAGUCUGGGCGCAGCCGACAUGGGCUACCCCCAACAGCACCGCACAGUCAAGUUCCUUGUUGAGUCCGAGUGUGACGCUGGUGGAUACUCUGAAGAUGAUGAAGGUUCAUCCACAGAGGACAGUGCGCACUGCCAGUCCUGCCAGUGUGGGGAUAGGCCCCGUAGCUCAGGGCCAAAGCGGCUGGGCUCCAGGUGGAUUGAGAUCCAGCAGAACACCUCUCCUCGUCUGUCCGGACAGUCCUCCCCACGGACCACGUCACGUCCCAGGAGAUCCAUGUCCACUGGCCAGGACAUUCAGCUGGCACCACAGCGGCUGGCCAGCCCACAGUGCCACAGCCAAAGGACAUCCAACAGGCGUGGCACUCCUGCUUCCAGUGGUCGAAGGCAUUCACAGAGCCGAAAUCCAGCCACACUGAAUCCAGCCACAAUCACACCGUCCUCCACGCUGAUACAGACCAGGCCAUCCUCAGCUGGGCACAUCUCUACAUCCAGAAAUCACCAACCAGCUGCACAGAGGACUCAGCGAUGCAAGACUUCACAUGGACGACCAUCAGGGCAAGAUUCCGCAACAGAGCUGUUCUCUGCCCUGAGUCAGGACGAGAAGGAGCUACUGGACGUCAUAACUGAGCGGGGCUAUUCUCUCCGGACAGCCAUCAUUGCAUUGCAGAAGACCGGCCUUUGCAAACCUGAACAGAUCCUGAGUUACCUGGUGGCCUGCAAAAGAUUACGUGGUUUGGGCUAUGACCAAGUCCAGGUGGAAGAGGCUUUGGAAAUGUUCCAUUACAGCGAAAGCAAGGCUUCAGAGUUUUUGCGCCUCCUGACCCAGUUCAACGAGAUGGGCUUUAAAGAGAAUGCCAUCAAAGAGGUGCUGCUGGUGCAUGGCAACCACCGGGAGAGGGCCUUAGAGGAGCUCAUGAUGAACACAUUGUGAAAACUCUGCAUUUAGCUCAACACACAUGCUUUUGAUUAGUUGUUACCACACAGACACACACAGUCCCCUUUUAGGAAUUGUUUUUGCAGAAAUUAUGCAUAACCGGAAAAAACUGUAUGCUUGCACAUAGAAACAUUAUUCAUGACACUUUACUAGGCCGAAAUUAAUUAUGACGUGGUCACAUGGGAGAAAUUAUACAAAUACAGUAGACAUAAACCCAAUGGUGUUUUUUUCUUCUUCAACAGAUGGUUAACCAUGUGGUGUAAACUACAUUUUGUACCCAGGAUUAGGGGUGGGCCAAUAUGAAUCGAUGCAGACACGAUAACAAGAUCAUAAUACAGUGAAACUGCAAAACUGAAUACAUUGAUAGUUUUCUAUCUGUGAUUCAUCACAAUAUAACGGCUGAAGAAAAAAAAUACUCCCGAGUAGGCAAAAAUUGUGUAUUUGAUGUACAACAAAGUUCAUUUUCUCCCUGUUAGUUUCUUCUUUGAUAUGCCCCAAGUCAUGAAGUGACUAGAACAUCAGAUUGGUUUGGUCAAAUUGGUUAAACAUGUAGCGCGCUUGCAUGUUUUUUGUAAAAAUAUUGAUAUUUCACACUAGUAUAUCAAUAACUUAUUACAAACACUGUCAAUAUAUUUCGAUAUUAAACAUUUUGUUCCGCCCCUACGCAGCACGGUAGUAAAAGUCAACAGAGGCAAAUGGUAGGAAUCAAAGGCAGUAACUAAUGUAGAAAAGACAAACAGCAACAGCACCAAACAUAGGAAUGCUAAAACAUUUAUUGCAAGCU